UCAUUUCGUUGCAUAUAUAGAAACUCAAUCUCGCUCUAUCCACACUGCCGAUUUAGGCGAUAGAUCUGGCGGAGAUCUAGAGGAGAUUCGCGAUGAGGGAACCGGCGUCGGAGAAUAAUGCGCUGCCGCCGCAGUCGCUGCUCGAGAGGGUUAAGGAUUACGGCCAGGAAGACGUGUUUGCGCUGUGGGAUGAGCUGUCUCCCGAGGAGCGAGACGCUCUCGUCAAGGAUAUCGAGGGUUUAGAUCUUCCGAGAGUUGAUCGGAUUAUUCGGUGCUCGUUUCGGUCUCAAGGGCUACCUGCAGCAGCAAUAGAGCCAGUUCCAGAGAGUAACGUUUCAACGGUAGAGAAGCGGACAAUGGAAGAAAGGGAGAGGUGGUGGAAGAUGGGAUUAAAGGCCAUAUCAGAUGGAAAAUUGGGCGUGCUACUUUUAUCUGGUGGACAGGGAACUCGUCUUGGAAGCUCAGAUCCAAAAGGGUGCUUCAACAUCGGACUUCCCUCUGGGAAAUCACUUUUCCAACUUCAAGCUGAGCGAAUUUUGUGUCUUCAAAGAUUGGCAGCUCAAUCUGUCAAUGAAGGUGCAAAUAUCCCCCGUAUACAUUGGUACAUAAUGACCAGUCCAUUCACUGACGAACCUAUCCGCAAAUUUUUUGAAAGCUGCAAGUAUUUUGGCCUAGAAGCAGAUCAAGUCACGUUCUUCCAGCAGGGGACAAUUCCUUGUGUGGGAAGAGAUGGUAGAUUCAUAAUGGAAACUCCAUACAGAGUUGCAAAGUCUCCUGAUGGGAAUGGAGGAGUCUAUUCAGCUUUGAAAUCAUCAAAACUGUUGGAAGAUAUGGCUUCACGAGGGAUCAAAUACUUGGACUGUUAUGGAGUUGAUAAUGCUCUGGUGCGUGUUGGAGAUCCAACUUUCUUGGGUUAUUUCGUCGAUACAGGCGUGGCAGCUGCUGCUAAGGUUGUCCGAAAGGCGUACCCACAAGAAAAGGUUGGCGUAUUUGUUCGCCGAGGGAAAGGUGGACCAGUGUCUGUGGUAGAGUACAGUGAACUGGACUCGUCAAUGGCUAGUGCAAUCAAUCAGGAAACUGGUCGCCUUCGCUAUUGCUGGAGUAAUGUCUGCCUACACAUGUUCACCUUAGACUUCCUGAAUCAAGUAGCAAAUGGCCUUGAGAAAGACAGCAUCUAUCAUCUAGCCGAAAAGAAUAUCCCUUCAAUUCAUGGACACACGCCCGGGUACAAGCUGGAGCAGUUCAUAUUUGAUGCAUUUCCAUAUGCCCCUUCCACAGCACUUUUUGAGGCAUUGCGUGAAGAAGAAUUUGCGCCAGUAAAAAACGCGAAUGGAUCAAAUUUCGACACCCCAGACAGUGCCCGUCUGCUUGUCCUUCGCCUGCACACUCGUUGGGUGGUUGCUGCUGGUGGCUUCUUGACUCAUUCAGUGCCCCUAUAUGCUACUGGCGUGGAAGUUUCGCCUCAGUGUUCGUAUGCAGGAGAAAACCUCGAGGCCAUCUGCCGUGGAAGAACAUUUCACGCUCCUUGUGAGAUUGCAUUUUAGUUUUACAGAGAUUAUGUAUCUGAUUUUAGCAGUGUGUGAUUUUUGUCUUCUAUUUGAGGCUUUGUAAAUUGUCAGUGAGAAUGAGCUUUAGAUUUUUUUCA